AUGCCCGACGGCGACACCCCCGGCUACACCCUCAUGGUCGCUGGCCGCCGCACCGGCAAGACCUCCUUUCUCCGCCUCCUCCUCGACACCAGCAACGUCGCCUCCUCCGUCUCGCGCGACCAGCUCGCCUCCGUCGCGAAGUUCGUCCAGGGCUCCAGCGGCCAUACUUCGCAUGUCCGGACCGUGUCAAUCGACAUUGACCUGGCGCCUGACGAGCUCGACGAGGAGCAUCCCCUCAACCUCACCCUCAUCGACACGCCCUCGCUCGACUUUGCGGACAAGCACGCGUCCGAACGCGCCCUCCAGGACAUACUCCGGCACGUCGAGUCGCGUUUGGGGGAGAGCUUGGACGACGAACGCAAGGCCUAUAACGGCGACCACCAUGUGCAUCUAUGCGUUUACUUCCUCGACCCAAACUACAUAGUACCACCCUCCGUACCUGCACCACCCGCGCCCCUUGUACCACGAGCACGUACCAACAGUCUUUCUACCCAUGAGUCAGAACCUGUCAUUCUAGACCCUCCGGUCACCAGCAACCCCGUACUAUGUCGACCUGUCCUCCCCCACGCCGACGUAGCCGCCAUUCGCCGACUAUCUGCGCGCGUCAACGUGCUGCCGGUAGUAGCCUGUGCAGAUACUCUAACGACUGACCGUCUCACUGCGGUGAAGAUGGCUAUUCGUAGAGAUCUUGCUGAGGCAGGCAUCGGCUUCGGCAUCUUCGACCUCGACAUUCCUCUGUAUGCGCAGCUGGAGUCCAAGGUCAUGAAGCACAAGACCGAGAACGGCUACAUGAAGCAUCUCACCGGCCCCGGCAACUCCCCGCCCACCACACCUAUCACGCCAACACUCUUGAGGCUACCGUUCUCUCUGAUUUCUCCAGAUUUGUACUCGCACAGCGACGGUGUUGCGAGAGCUCCGCUGUCGCGUAACGAGCUCGUACAGCAGUUCGCUCCUUCGAAACACAUCGCGCACAAAACCCAGACUGCGCCCAAAGUCGUCCGCGGCAAGUUCGUCAGGAACUUCCGCUGGGGUGCACUUGACGUCAUGGACGCCAGCCAUUGCGAGUUUCUGCACCUACGCGGUGCGCUCUUCCAUCACAUGGAGACGCUGCAAAAGUACACGCGCGAGUACCUGUUCGAGAAGUUCAAGACGGAGGUGCAGCCGCCCGCUCCAGUCGCCGCAGUGCGACCUUCUCAGCCGGCAGCAGUAUCUCGUCUCCCGCCGAUGCGGGGGUCCCGGCCUAUUCUCGCGAUAGACACCGCGCCUUCUCAUGCCAGUGCGAACGGGCACCCUCCGCUGUCCGUGCCGCGCUCGGCGGUGACACUCAAUGGUGAGCUGCUGUCCGCCCCAAUAUCGAACAUGCACGACCUUUCGCCGAAAACCGUGACCUCCGCAAGAUCCCAACGGCAGCGAGCCAAAAAGAUCACGGUGGCGUGCAACUUCUGCAGGUCGCGGAAGCUCAAGUGCGACGGCGGGCGGCCGGCAUGCAGCCAGUGCUACAAACGUUCGAACGCCUGCGACUACACGGCGAGCAACAAGCGCCGGACGUCUGGCAAGCAGCGGAAACAGUACGGCAGCGAAAGCGAGGGUGACAGCCUGGAGGACGGAUCUGGGGAGCCGGACCAUGUGUCGCAGUCCCCGGAAGUACCCUCGGCUUCGUCCGCACCGCACUCCCGAAGAAGCUCGAACGUGAGCAUGCUUCUAGCGGAGCCGCUUCCGCCGUUGAGUGCUGCUGUGGAACCCCGCGAAGAAGCGUCGUCCGUCCUACCGCCGAUCACCACUUCUGCGGGCCUGGGCAUGCCCCCGACGACCUCGCGCCGACCGUCGCUGAACACGGAGCUCCCGCCGAUUGCGACGCUGUCUGCCCCGCCCGGGCCGCAGGAGGACACCCCGAUGGUGUCGUCGUACAAGGAGAUGGAGACCGUCUCGCGCCGGCGGGCGACGUCGGUGGCCCCGGGGCGCAGCGGACGGGGUGGUGGUGGAUCAAAGAUCGUCGCGUGCAACUUCUGUCGAGCGCGCAAGACGAGAUGCGACGGAGCACACCCCACGUGCGGGAGCUGCUCGCGGCGAUCGUUGCGGUGCAACUACGUCAACGAUCCGGCGAAGUCGCGCUCGAAGAGCAGCGGGACGCCCCCGGACGCGUCGGCGUCCGUAUCCUCGCGUUCGUCCCCUGCCUCCUCUUCCGCACCCGUCACCCUCGUUUCCGCGAACAUCUCCGACGUCAGCCUGCGCCACUUCAGCGAGCUGGACGCCGACAUGGCGCAGCAGCCCGCGAAGAAAAUGCGGCUCGCUACCGAGCUGAGCGCGCCCUCUAUCGCUGUGCUCACUGGCUCGUAG